CCUGUGGGCAGCGAAGGCGGACUUUUGGGUUGGGGCCGGGCGGGGGGGGCUCUAAGGCCGCCACCUCUGCCUCUCCCGCCCCCUUACCCGCCCCGAAGCGGGAAGCAGCGGAGGCUCCGCCAUGGCCUCGGGAGCCGGAGGAAUAGGAGGGGGCGGUGGCGGCAAGAUCCGGACGCGGCGUUGCCACCAGGGGCCAAUUAAGCCUUACCAGCAGGGGCGACAGCAGCACCAGGGCAUUCUUAGCAGGGUGACAGAAUCUGUUAAGAACAUUGUGCCAGGAUGGCUACAAAGAUACUUCAACAAGAAUGAAGAUGUAUGCAGCUGCUCAGCAGACACCCGAGAGGUACCACAGUGGCCAGAAAGCAGAGAAGAUGACCAUCUGGUAUAUGCCGAUGAGGAGAGCCCUAAUAUUCAUGAUGGGAGAAUCCCUCCUGAGCCAACAGUCAGUAAUACAGAAGAACCCUCAACAACUAGUACUUCAAAUUACCCAGAUGUAUUAACAAGGCCUUCUCUUCAUCGGAGCCAUAUGAAUUUCUCCAUGUUGGAAUCUCCUGCAUUACACUGUCAGCCCUCCACAUCCUCGGCAUUCCCAAUUGGCAGUUCUGGAUUUUCCCUUGUAAAGGAAAUUAAAGAUUCUACCUCUCAGCAUGAUGAUGAUAACAUCUCAACUACCAGUGGUUUUUCUUCAAGAGCUUCUGAUAAAGAUAUAGCUGUUACAAAGAAUACUUCAUUGCCACCUCUGUGGUCCCCAGAGGGUGAACGUACUCCCUCACUCUCACAGCACAUUGCCACCAGCUCAAAAAAACCAGCAUUCAACUUAUCUGCCUUUGGAACACUUUCCCCUUCACUUGGGAAUUCUUCAAUCCUUAAAACAAGUCAGCUUGGAGAUUCUCCUUUUUAUCCUGGAAAAACAACGUAUGGUGGGGCAGCAGCUGCUGUAAGACAGCCGAAACUACGAAACACACCAUAUCAGGCACCAGUCAAAAGACAGAUGAAAGCUAAGCAGCUCAAUGCACAAUCCUAUGGUGUGACCAGUUCAACAGCUCGGCGAAUAUUGCAGUCUUUAGAGAAGAUGUCAAGCCCUCUAGCGGAUGCAAAAAGAAUUCCAUCUAUUGUUUCUUCUCCCCUGAAUUCUCCUCUGGAUAGGAGUGGAAUGGAUACCACUGCAGACUUUCAGACCAAAAGGGAAAGGGUGGACUCUCAGUAUCCCCCUGUUCAGAGACUCAUGACCCCAAAGCCAGUUUCCAUAGCAGCAAAUCGAACUGUUUAUUUUAAACCAUCUCUGACUCCGUCUGGUGAAUUAAGGAAGACCAAUCAAAGAAUAGAUAAAAAGCACAGUACUGGAUAUGAAAAACCUGUGACACCAGGACAAAGUAGAGAACAACGAGAAAGUGGCUUUUCUUACCCAAAUUUCAGUAUGUCUGCAGCCAAUGGUUUAUCUUCUGGAGUAGGUAGUGGAGGCGGCAAGAUGAGACGAGAGAGAACGCGCUUUGUUGCAUCCAAGCCUCCAGAGGAGGAGGAAAUGGAAGUACCAGUAUUGCCGAAAAUCUCUCUACCCAUCACCAGUUCUUCACUGCCUACCUUCAAUUUUAGUUCCUCUGUGAUCACAACGUCCUCUCCAUCACCCGUUAGUCCUUCGCAAUCAUUAACAAACAAGGUACAAAUGACCUCUCCAAACAGCACUGGCAGCCCCAUGUUCCGAUUUUCAUCUCCGAUUGUAAAAUCUACUGAGGCAGAUGUACUACCUCCAUCAUCUAUUGGAUUUACAUUCAGUGUGCCUGUUGCAAAAACAGCAGAACUUUCUGGCUGUAGUAGUAUUUCAGAACCAAUUACAAGUAGUAGUUCAGCUCAAGAUAUCAGUGCAGUGAAUAGUACAAGCUGUAAGAAGAAGCCAGAUGAAGAUUGUGAAGGCCCUUUUAGACCUGCAAAAACCCUGAAAGAAGGAAGUGUCCUAGAUGUUCUCAAAAGCCCCGGUUUCACGUCACCAAAGGCAGAUUCUCUUGCUGCUCAGCCUACUACCACAAGCCCAGUUGUUUAUACAAGACCAGCAAUAAGUAGCUUUUCUUCUAGUGGCAUCGGGUUUGGGGAAAGUUUAAAAGCCAGACCAUCGUGGCAGUGCGAUACUUGUCUACUCCAGAACAAAGUUACAGACAGCAAGUGCAUAGCCUGUCAAGCAACAAAACUUCCGCCAAAAGAGACUGCUAAACAAACUGGAAUUGGAGUACCAAGUAAAAGUGACAAAUCAACUCUUCCCGCGUCAGGGACAGGUUUCGGAGACAAAUUUAAACCAGCAGUAGGCACUUGGGAUUGUGAUACCUGCUUAGUGCAGAAUAAACCCGAGGCGAUAAAAUGCGUGGCUUGUGAAACGCCGAAGCCUGGGACUGGUGUUAAGCGAGUCCUUACGUUGCCUGCGGCUUCAGAGAGCGCUGUGACUGUGGCUGCUUCAUCUGCCACCUGCACUGUGACCACGGCCGCCUUAGGGUUUGCAGAUCAGUUUAAAAGGCCCGUGGGAUCUUGGGAGUGUCCAGUGUGCUGUGUUUUUAAUAAUGGAGAAGACAGUAAAUGUGUGUCCUGUGUGUCUGAGAAACCAGGAAGUUCGGUACCUGCUUCAGGUAGCAGCACUGUCCCCGCCUCUCUGUCUUCUGGAAGCUGCCUGGGGUUAGACAAGUUCAAGAAACCCGAGGGCAGCUGGGACUGUGACGUGUGCCUGGUACAGAAUAAAGCAGAUGCUACCAAAUGUGUGGCGUGCAAAAGCGCAAAGCCAGGCACAGAAUCUGAGUUUAAAGGCUUUGGCACAUCUUCCUCGUCUUCGAACCCCGCAGCCUCAUCCUUCAAGUUUGGUAUCCCAUCAUCCACUUCGGGGCCUUCUCAGACUUUCUCAAGCACUGGAAAUUUUAAGUUUGGAGAUCAGGGAGGCUUCAAAGUAGGAGCGUCUUCAGAUUCUGAGUCUCCAAACUCCAGGAGUGAAGGCUUUAAAUUUCCUAAACCAGUAGGAGAUUUUAAGUUUGGAGUUUCGUCUGAGUCUAAACCUGAAGAAGCUAAAAAAGACAGUAAGAAUGAGAAUGAUUUUAAGUUUGGACUUCCUUCGGGUUUAAGUAUUACAGCUUCGUUAGCUCCAUUUCAGUUUGGGGUGUCCAAUCUUGGGCAGCAAGAGAAGAAGGAGGAACUACCCAAAUCUUCAUCUGCCGGCUUCAGCUUUGGUACUGGUGUUAUUAACCCCACACCUGCUGCUACUAACACCGCAGUGACCUCGGAGAACAAGAGCAGCUUCAGCUUUGGAACCCUAGAAACCAAGAGUGUUUCAGUGGCUCCUUUCGCAUGUAAGACGUCAGAAGCCAAAAAAGAAGAAAUGCCUGCCGCCAAAGGAGGGUUCACUUUUGGCAGCAUAGAACCCGCCCCUCUGCCGUCUGCCUCAUUGUUUGUGUUGGGAAGGACAGAAGAGAAACAGCAAGAGCCAGUCACUUCUACUUCUCUAGUGUUUGGGAAGAAAGCUGACAGUGAAGAGCCAAAGUGUCAAUCAGUGUUUUCCUUUGGAAAUUCAGAGCAAACCAAAGAUGAGAGUUCUUCAAAGUCCACCUUUAGUUUCAGUAUGGCAAAACCAUCUGAGAAGGAAUCGGAACAGCCAACAAAAGCCACUUUCACGUUUGGAACUCCAACCAAUACUACGGCUGAUCCAGGGGCAGCGAAGCCGGCGUUCGCCUUCCUGAGCAGCGGCGCUCCCACGGGCAGCGUGCCGGCCGCCGCGGGGGCCGUGUUCCGAAGCCCCGCCGCCUCCAGCGCACCCGGGCCCACCUUUGUGUUCGGACAGGCCAGCAACCCCGGGGCCAGCUCUGCCUUCGGGACCUCGGCCGAAUCGGGCGCGCCUCAGUCUUUGCUGUUUUCUCCAGAGAGCAAACCAGCGACCACGUCGAGCGCGGCCGUCACCCCGUUCGUCUUUGGGCCGGGAGCCGGCAGCAACAGCACCGCGGCCUCCGGCUUCAGCUUCGGAGCUACGACCACAUCCAGCUCUGCAGGAUCCUCCUUUGUAUUUGGCACUGGGCCUUCAGCACCAUCUGCCAGUCCAGCAUUUGGGGUUAACCAAACUCCGACAUUUGGACAGAGUCAAGGUGCCAGCCAGCCUAAUCCCCCAGGCUUUGGAGCUCUGUCCUCGGCAGCAGCGCUGUUUUCUGCGGCUUCUCAGCCUGCACCGCCUACCUUUGGGACUGUGUCAAGCAGUAGCCAGCCUCCUGCGUUCGGACCGCAGCCCAGGCAGUCUGCGUUUGGCUCCGCGGCAGCUCCGAGUUCCGGUUCGGUUUUCCAUUUCGGCAGCGGCAGCACCACCAAUUUCAACUUCACGAGCACCAGCCCGUCGGGAGUGUUCACGUUCGCGGCGAAUGCGAGCCCCGCUGCGGCCUCGGCGCAGCCUUCGGGCUCCGGGGGCUUCCCGUUUUCGCAGCCUGCGGCGGCAUUUACAGUGGGGUCCAACGGCAAAAACGUGUUCUCUUCUUCUGGAACGUCCGUGUCUGGCCGCAAGAUAAAGACUGCCGUCAGGCGCCGGAAGUGAAGGGGCGGCGCGUCGCACAGCACGCUUGGCGGCGGCCGGGCCCCUGCCGCUCGGCUUCCGGCGCGGACGGGCGAGGGGCCGCCUCAAGCCGGGCCGCCCGAGGCCUUGUCCGCGUCUGGGACUCCCUCCCUGUUCUUUACAGAAGCCCUGCCCUCCCCCCCCUCCCUUAAAAAAAAGAAAAAAAAAGACAAAAGCUAGAUUGGUGACUGAUUCUUCAGCGGAAGGGGGGUCCCGCACAUCAUCCGCUGAGGCGGCGCCGGCGGGCGGCGCCCGGGGACAGAGCCCGCUCCCGGCCGGCGUGGCCUCGGGCCGCCUGCGGCCGCAGCGCUCGGUGCGCCCGCGCGCGCUUUCGGAACGCGCUGGAAUUGUAAUUAUCCCGGAGGAAUUCUGUAUAGAUUAGAGACUGUGGAAGUGAAUGAUUUCUAUGCUGAGUUUGUGCUGGUGUAUGUGUGAAGUGAGUGAGUUGGGUGUAUUGUGCACUAAAAUUUUCUGAUAGAGGAAGCCUGAUUAAAGAAUGGUCCAUGCUAAGGACUUACUAGAUCUAGUGCGUUCUCCAUUUAAUAAUUACAUGCUCUUUCUAUAUUUUCAUUCUCCUACCACCUGUCUUGCCUUUUUCAUUAUUUUAUUAUGAAACUUGUGUAAAUACAAUUUUGUUUCUGUACUUUUUUGGCAUAACAUAAAUCUGUGAACUUGAAAUUUUAAUUUUGUGUUAGAAAAUUUGUUUGUUCUUUGUUUAGUCUUGUCUCAGAUUUUAUUAUGUAAAUCCCAUUAUUCAAAGUUGCCUAAAUCCAUUUGGAAAUCUUUAAAAAAAAAUUGGGGAUUCUUAAAGUGAAUUUAUUGGCUUUUCUGAUCCAGUUUUGUUUGGACCAAAAACCAGUAUUGUACAAAGUAUUAAGCAUAUAUUUUUAUAUUUACUGAAAUGGACUGUGGUGACUUUGGAUAAUAAGGAAAAGUUUAAUAUUAAAGCCAUGUUUAUUACAGUAUAAUUAACAUGUUAAACCAUGGGAUAAAUGCCAUCAAUAAAAAAUUAUGAAAUAUUUUUUGUUCUAGUGUUAACUUAAAAUGAAGGUACCCGUGUUAAUGGAAGGGAACCUUUUUUUGUAAAGGUUCGCCAUGGUCAGAGAAAUUCCAAAGAAUACAUUUAAGUGAUUUGGACAACUCCUAAGUGAAGGGGGAAGUGUCUGAACGUAAAACAGAGAGAAGGUACCCUGCUUUUUGUCUGGUGCUAGGAAUCACGCCUACUUUGCAUAUAAAUUGACAUACCUUUUUAAAAGUUGAAAAUAAACACACGUAACCAUU